AUGCCCAGACAGUUCUACAUUCGGGACGCUCGCGCGUCGUUUGGCGAUGCUCAGUUCAUUAUUGACGCAUUCGACUCAACAUUGCCUCACCUUGCUGCUGCUGGAAACUCUGGACAAUGGGGAACAAAACCACUCUCCAAAAAGGAAGGAUUUAUACAAGGAAUACAUGAUACUGUUGCGAAGUCAGAGAACUUCCUAGAGUCGGGAAAUGGAGACCCAGUGAGGGUUUUCAUUGCCGAGACUGAGGAUGAUCAAUCUGGAGCGGAACCUCUCAGAGACGAUGGACUAUCCAGAAGGUUGGACAAGAAUGGAAAAGUCCUUGUGUCUGUUGGAUUCGUCAAGAUUCUCAAUGAACAGUUCGUGGGCUAUCUCAAGGCAUCGGAAAGUUUGAAGGAUGUUGUCACACCCGCGAUGGAGAAGGGCAAGUUUGUCUUUCUGCAGUACCUCGUCACCGACCACCGAGCUGGUGAUCAACGGCGAGGAGCUGGGGCUGCUCUUCUCCAGAAGGUGAAAGAGUAUACCGCUGAGCACAGUUGGAAGACCGUUUGGAUUGACUGUUGGGAUGGGGGUAAUGGACAGUUGGUACAAUACUAUGUCGAUCGAGGAUUCCAGAUUGUGGGCAGCUUUGAGGAUAGUGACGAGACAGACGAGACACCGUGGAAAGGCAAACUUCUUUACACAGACCUGAUAUAA